GCCCAGAAUGGGCAGCAGUAGCCGGAGAAAGCCGCCGCCGCCGCCGCCGCCGGCCGCACCCCAGCAGCAGCGCUCCGGGCCGGGGGGAGGUGGGGGCAGCCACCUGGCCCGGACCGCCGCGGCCCGGAGGGCGGUCAACAAAGUGGUGUACGAGGACGCCAGUUACUGCACGGAAAGCAGCUUCAGGAGCUAUAGUACCUACAGCAGCACUCCAGAAAGUGGUAAAAUAGCUGUGGAGUACAGACCCUGUGAAGAGAUUGUAGAUGUCAGAUGGGAAGAAGAACUACACGGUUUAAUUCAAGUACGUGGAGAUAAAAACUCAAAGGUCAGUUGCUCUCCCUGGAAGGAAGAGUAUUCUCGGAUUUCACCUUGAAGGAGGAAGGCUGCCAGAACUGGACUAGCACUUCUGAAU